ACACCCGCCUCCUGCGCGCAGUCUCCGUCCACGGUUACCCCGGCUUCCCGCCCCUCCUUCCCGCGGCGCUCGAGGGAUCAUGGCCGAUCCUCGCGUGAGGCAGAUCAAGAUCAAAACCGGCGUGGUGAAGCGACUGGUCAAAGAAAAAAUGAUGUAUGAAAAGGAAGCAAAACAACAAGAAGAAAAGAUUGAAAAAAUGAAAGCUGAAGAUGGUGAAAAUUAUGCCAUUAAAAAGCAGUGUCUGCCUUCAGGAGAAAUAGCCAGAGGUUCAGAUUCAGAGGCGUGCCAGGCAGAGAUACUGCAAGAGUCUCGGAUGAUGAUCCCAGAUUGCCAGCGCAGGUUGAAAGCUGCAUAUACUGAUCUUACACAGUUAUUAGAGAAUGAAAAAGAUUUGGAAGAAGCUGAGGAAUAUAAGGAAGCACGUUUAGUAGUGGAGUCAGUGAAGUUAGAAGCUUAAAGUUUUUCUGUACAGGGUGUCUUUUGCAGUAAAUCUGAGAUCCAUUCCACAAUUCAUUAUUUUUGACCACAGCUGUGUGUUCAAGUAGUAUGAGAAGGUGAUUCUUUUUCUGCACUUGCGUAUAUUUUUCUUUGCUUAAUUAAUGUGUCAAAUAAAUAAAUGAGUUCAUCUAAUAAAAUGUUUCAUACUUUACAAAAUA